CUGUUGCUCUGCGGGAAAAAGAACAUGGAUUAUGAACAGGGGAAUGUGUCACCGGGGAGCUCGACUCCUGGGGGAAUCAAACGCAAGCCCCGAGUGGCUCUGGCCUGCGAGCAGUGUCGCGCGCGGAAGAUUCGCUGUGAUGGAGAGACCCCAUGCUCCGGGUGCCGACAAUUCUGGAGCCUCGUGUACCUACCGCAACCCGAGGAACGACAGGAAGCAAGCAGCGCGUAGAGUCAGUCGGCAACAGCCUAUGUUGAUUCCUUCUACCAAUAAUGUUGGAUCCUCGCUUGAUGCUACUACCGCACCUACCCCGGAAGCGCCCCGGAUUGACGCUGCACCGCCUCGCUUGCUGAAUGAUCCGGUGCACUAUAAGCGACAGCGAGAAUUGCGGGCUGGUAUUGGCGUGUCUAACAAAGAUACCGGCUCUUUCCAAUUUUAUGGCCCGUCCUCUCAUUUCUGCUUCAUCCAGCGCAUCUACCAACGUAUCAAACGCAGAGCCCACGAGACACUUUUGACCCCCCAGCGCAGUCCUGUUCCGGAGGGCGUGGGCAAUUGGGGACUCGAACGGUUUAUGUUCUCCUUGAGCGCCGAUAACGAUGCUACCAACUGCCAAUCCAAUGCUUGUUUCCCACGUGAGCUGGGAGAAGCCUUUAUCAAAUCCUAUUUUGAGUUGAUACAUCCUCAGGUACCAGUGUUAGUAUAUUCAGAAAUCAUGGAAUUGUGGGAUGGUAUGUGGCAACCGCCGUCUAAGAGAACUCCUGUCAAGGGUGAAGAGCUCUUACUCAUGGUUCUGGCAAUCGGUGCCCGGGUGUCAAGCUUCGAAGGGAAACAGGACGUGAAUGUGUCCGAGGGGUGGGCCGCAUAUUUUUCUAAAAGGGCUGAUGAUGCAACAAAUUUGUUCGAGAAUCCCAGUCUGCGCUCGACGCACUUUCUUCUUCUUAAGGCCAUGUACGCCUUUCAAGUCAUGCGACCUAAUGACGCAUACCUCUGCCUUGGCCACGCUGCUCGUAAUGCAAUGGCCCUCGGUAUCAACCGCUCGCAGGUCGUAGACGGCGCCAAUCUUGCAAUGCAUCGCCUAAGGCGGACUUUCUGGGUAAUAUAUGCCUAUGAAAGAGCUUGCACAAUAUUCACGGGUCGGCCAUCAGCGUUCCGGGACGAAUUGAUCGAUGUACCAUACCCGGAAGAUCUACCCUCACCUGGACCAAUCGGUGACUCCGGCGUUUCAGAUCCUUCCCCCAUAGUUGUCCGCAAGUGCGGAUACGUCAGAGCGAUGGCCCGAGUUGGCAAGGUAGCUGACAGAAUUUUUGUGGACAUUUACUCCACCAAAAGCAUUUCAAACGUCGCGGAUAUCAACAAAGUCCGCCACGCCGUGAUCGAAUGUGACAUGGAGUUGGAGUCAAUUACCCGCAACUUGCCGCCAUAUUUACACUUCUUUGACCCUGAUCUCCCUGUUGGUGAUGGAUGGCAGGAGGUACAGCGGAUUCUGUUGGGCUGUCAUUACUAUCUACUUCGGGUGCUGAUGCACCGUCCGGCGCUAGUGUUUGCGACAUUCUUCAAUUCAAAGGCCGAGGCGGAGGAGCGCGGAGCAGGUGCAAUGCACGUUCAUGACUCAAUUGAAGCAUCAAUCUCGUCGGCGAGAUGCAUAAUCAACUUAACCCACGAUGCAUAUUCUCACCGAUGUUCGAAGAUAAAGUUCGACGGAACACUCGCAGCCUUCCUAGUGUCCGCCUGCGUCACAUUACUCUACGAUGUACUGGAUCCCGGAACCAGUCCGGAAUAUGCCAGAGGAACGUUCAGUGUGGUUGAGCGUGGGAUUCAGUGCCUUGAUCAGCUUCAGCACGUCGGGCCCAUCAAUGGUAAGAUUCUAAGUCUGGACAUAAUGAAAGUGGCCAAAGAUGCGCUUCAAUCGUCCCUGGCCGACAGUCAAUUAAACGAGGAUCUGGUUGAUCUAUUCCCGUGGUUACAAAGUGGCAACAAUGCAGGCUUCCCUGUCCAAGGGAAUGUCUCAACAGCAUACAUGGAAGACCAGACGAUGUCGGAGCCACAGAACUUUCUAUCCUCAUUGCCGGCAAUGCCCGAGGUAAACUACAUGUCGCAUUGGCUAGAAGCAGGCUUUGAUCCGGAAGAUAUCCCGAAUUCGCUAUACUGAUCGGAGCACAUAAGACACGAUCCUAUUGAUAUCUUUUCAUCUAUUACUAUUAAUUCUAUUCUAUAUGUCUAAUGAAAUCUUCCUGUAUCCAAACCACCACAUGUCUACAAUCCCUCCUAUUCUAGUCACCAAUUCAUCAGUUCUGUUCAAA